AUGGCGGUGUCACCCAGCGACUCGCUGCAACCCCCGAGUCCCGUGCUCCGUCCCGGCCAUUCGAGCGGGAUGGCAAUGAUACAAGUUUCCAGCGACCCAUUCGGCGCGACGCCGCCCAAUUUCAUGCACGCACUUGCAACACCGCCCGGCUUCGCGCACGCACUCGCGACGCCACCGCUCGACGCAAACCCGUUCGAUUCGUACUGCAGUGACACCCCGCGGAGCACGACACACCUCAUGCAAAGCGCCACAGCUUCGCAGUCCUCGCCUGACUGGGUCCCACGUCGCUUUCCUGAUGUGCCUAUCAUACGCGUGCAGAGCGCGAGCACCGAUGGUUACAAUAGCGCUGUAUACCUCAACCGGACGCCGUCGAUCUACUCGUCUAUGCGGAGCUCGUACUCUGAGUCGACGAACUUGGUCCCACUCGAGACACCAGAAGAGGAGCAUCACAUUCCGAAUCCAUUCACGAAUUCUUCCGCGAGCGUCGGCAGUACCAACGUCUCGCCCAGCGCGUCACCUGUGGACACAGAGGCAGCGACCACGGUGCUGAAGGAUAUGGCCGAUGCACAUCUCGCUGCGCGCACGAACCGGCGAAUGACGAUGAAAUCUUUGCAGGGAGAUAUCGUCGCGACCCCGUCGCCCGUCGACGCCAUUGACCGGUUCUGGGAUAUCCCUUACCUGGGCUUGCGGGACAACAGAUCCUCUGAGUCCUUGCCUCGAUCAUUCUCUCCAGGUCCCGGACCUAGCUCUCGAUACCCGUAG